AUGCACACGAAGGCCAAGCAACUGCAGAGGCUGCUGGAAGUCAUUAGUCAGUUCGCAUUUGCGACAGUAGGUGACUUUCGUCCCUCUUCAGCCCGUUCCCCUCCGCUCUCGUCUCCUCUUGCCGCCUUUCUCCAUACAUUUAAACCGUCUUUGACCCGAUUUAUAUUAGCUAGGAAUAAGUUACUGCAGAUGGCCAAGCGAAAAUUUGUGUCGUCAAAGAAAAACGCACCGAUUCGUGCUAUUUCUAGCAAAGAGGCAGCACUUCAUGGCCGGACUGGUGGAAGAGUAGAUGCCGAGUCUGAUUCAGGCGACUCGGCAACCUCUUCUGAUGUGGAAUCGUCUACACCACUGUCGUCAGAAGACGAGCAGGGAGAUGAUAAUGAUGAUGAGUUGAACGUUAGUCAUGAUGUCACGUCGCAGCCCAUGGCAGUGGAGGUAAUGCCGUCUAGUGUGGGAAGAGGAAAACAGCUGCGAUUUCCGACUGCCAUUUCGCGGGGUAAAGUAUUGCCGGCUGAGGGCGGUUUUUCUGCGUCCGAUGUUGACGACUCAGAUGAUGAGAGUUUGUUAUCAGUUGCGGUUAGUGACGAUGAAGAUCACGACCGAGGAGGAAAUACGAUCGAGACUGAGGAUGAAGCAACCGUUGCGACGUCUUAUACACGCAUGGAAUCUUUGUCUGUGAAUAAUGACACGAAAAGCUCGAGCAAGGAUGUCGUAAGUUACCCGAUAAAAGCGAUUCGCGCGCGGAAACGACAUCGCCCAGACUCGGAGUACUACAAACAAAUGUCCACAUACGUACGAGACUGUUUUCUUAGUGUUCGAAACGCAAGUAAUAGUGACAAACUAGUAGACGCAUUUGAAGAUGAGUCAUUGCCGCAGCACGAUGAGUUUCGACGGAGGCUUGCCGCAGGAAAAGUAGAACGUGUGACAUGGAAGGAACCUCCUUCUGUGGAGUCGGGCGGUAAUCAGCUCGGUGAUGCUUCUUCCAGUAAAGUAAUUAAGUCUAGCAAGUCCAACAAGUCCAGCAAAUCGAGUAAAUCGAGCAAGUCAAGCAGGUCAAGCAAGAUCAGUAAUGCCAGCCAGCCCAUCAAAUCCAACAGGAAAAGCAAGACGUUUGAAUUGGACUCAAAUAGUUCUUACACAAGCAAGUCGACUAUCUUUUUGUCAAAUGGGUCUUCCAAUCACCUUACACCGCCGACUCAACCUCCAACUCCAGUUGCACCAAGUGCACCAGCAAUGUGUGAAGUAUGCAAAAAGAAGCUGAGUGGUGAGACAUUAAAGGAGGAGAAGGAGGAGAAGGAGGAGCAGGAGAGAUGUGUUAAAAAGGAAAAGGAUGGGAAGGAGAAGGAUAUGAAAAAGGAUGUAAAGGAGGAGAAAGAGGAAAAGGAUAUAAAGGAGGAGAAGGAUGUAAAAGCAGAAGAUGCGAAGAUAGAAGAUGUGAAAGCAAAAGAUGUAAAGCAGCCACUAGAAGAGGUGAAGCAAUCUGUAGAAGAGGUAAAGAAGGAGCCUUUGCUUAAAGCCCCUUCCGUUGGACAUUUCGCGAUCACAUUUUCACCCGGAAGCGAUGCACAAAAGCUGCGAGUUGAAUUGGCUAAACUGAUGGAUGAGGCACGAAAACUAAAGCACGAGGGAAAUCGCCGUGGAUCGAGCGAACGUGGCAAUGGAGGGCAGGUCACUCAAGGCAAAUAUUAUUUGCGCUCAGGUGCGAAAUUUUUCAAGUAUGCCCUCAAACUGCAGGAAGUUAAAGUGGCGUAUCAAGAAAAGGGUGAUGCUCAACACGCGCGCUCGUUUGGUGAAAACUGCGUCACGACGCUUUCCCAGACGUCUUCGUUGAUUGAAAGCACCAUUCGCGCUUUUCAAAGUGCUGGUAGCAUGCGGUUAGCCGCAUUAGGCUGCAAGAUGGCCGCCGUAGUACACCUGACCGUUUACCGGUUGCAGCAUCGCAAGUUACAGUCAUUCUACUCGGAAUUGUUUACACCUGGGCGUUCACCUGAGUCACGGGAGAACAGCCUUACUCCGCCGAUCGAUCCGAAUUGUACCCUGAACAGCAAUAGCAGUAAAGAUGCGGCCAUGUGCAAGCAUCUGUUGAAGGAGAUGGAGCAUACGCUGCGCGGCUUUGAAAUGUGGCGGCGCUACGAGUCCUAUAAGGUGAGCGUGCUACCUCGGGUGACAAAUCCCGUGAUUUUAGAUUUAGCUGUGUUCUUUGAGGACCUUGAAGCAGAGCUCAAUCUGUCUUAG